AUGGCGGUGAAACAUCAAGAAAUCGCCAGAGAUAUGCAUGACUUUCUACACCGAGGGGUCGACGUCGCGGAAGAAAACAUUCAGAACAAGCUCUUCAAUGUGCAGUCCAAGAUAGAGAUGGCCAACUUGAUCGGGUACACGAACGGGUACACACCCGCGAAGGAAAUCAAUGACUUCAAGCAGUUUGCGCAGCCCGACUUGUACGAUAAAAAACACUACCAGCAGUUGAACCCCAUCGUCGAGCGCAUGCCAACGCUGCAGGUGUGUUUCAUCCCGCUGGUGCUGGAGAAGCGACAAGCAUCUAAAAGCACGACCCAGUCGACCAAGAGCAUGGCUAUCGUCAUGCGCGUGAGAUGCAGUGCGACCGCCUCCACUUUCGUCUACAUCGACAUGAACAACCGGAAGUACGACAGCUUCGAGAAGUUCCUGUCCUCGAACAGGCUACCCGAGGGAGUCCUUUGGUAUCCACGCAACGGAAUCAUCGAGUACGGAGGAGGAAUCCCGAGCCUCCCGUUGCUCGACUGCCGGGUAAUCGAGCGUCCAACCGAAAAGCUGAAGACCCUUGCGACCGUGGGCUCCAUCACGGCGACAUUGCUGACCUUCACGCCGCUGGCCCCAGUGACGGGUCCGAUAUUGUUGUGUUUGACCACCGCGCCGCUGGUGGGAUUCGCGAUCGCGGACCUGAUCGACGGGGUCCAUCACGAGAAGGGUUCGGUCGUGGCGUCAUGCACUGCCGCCUUAGCGUUUAAUCUGGUAACGUUCGCAAGUGCCGGACUGACCGCGGCCAGCCGGGUUUCGAAGCUGCGCAAUGCGCUACCGGCCAGUAAGCUGCUGAUGCUUGACCGCACCGAAAAGAUACUGAAAGGUGGAAUGCGGUUCGCGACGGCCGCAAAAACAGUGGAAGAAAUCAUCGGUACGGUGGGCGGCUGGUCCCAGCUCUCCAACACCGAAUGGGUCCAGCUGGGAGCGUUACUGUGCUACGCGUACCGGGAGAACUUCCUCCUGGUGACGGCCAAGAUGUUGUUCGAAAGGAUGCAGGUGGAUGGGCUGGUAAAGUUCUUCGGCGGGUUGUGCGAGAACGUGGCCACCGGGACGCUUAGAAAGCGCAUCGAAGGCUCGCAGCUGGACAUGUGGCUGAAGCUUGUUUUCGACUUCCUAAAUAACAACGAGAGCUUCAAAGUGGAUGACAAAUUCGUCUCUAUCGAGCUGCACGGGUACAAGCUGGAGUUCGAGAAAAUGUUCACGCUCAAGUGGGAUGCGCUGAAGGAGCUGCUAUUUCUGCUGAAAGACUUGACCGCCCACGUUGGCGUCCUGUGCGCUGAUAGUAAACGCGCCCCGUGGUCGCAAGGAACGCUGAACAACGUGUUAGAAAUUCUAAUGUUGCUCAACAAGUUGCCACACGUCGUGUACAAACCGUUGUCCGACUAUGUGCAAUUCGGCCAGAAUAACCAUCGCUUUUCGAUAAGCACCGUGGGCCAAUUCCUAGCCACGCCUGGGCUCGAUCGAAUGAAACUGCUGAACGGCCUCAGCUUGAUGAGUUCGUCCAAAACAGAGCGAAUGAACGAGUUGCGCGAGUCCGGUCGUAUCAUCGGAGGUGACCCAGCUCUAUUCCGUUGGUUUGCUGAAUAUACAUCAGUGAUGGACAAAUGUCACGAUAACAACUAUCGCCACGCUAUUGAGUGCCUACUGGCUGUGUCAGACAUCAAAACAGUUGAGGACAUCGUAUUCAAGGACGAUCGUAUCGUCGUCAGCCCACUGCUCGCUAUCACGGCGUGCGAGUUUGGGCAAAUGUCCUCGGCGGCUCAUGAGACACUCUUCCAGGAUGAGCGUUUCCUGCAGCUUUGUCACGACGUCGAUCCGCAGCAAAUGGGUCGAGCGGGUCGCGUUUGGAUGCGCAGCAUCAGCACAAAAUACAUGCCCGAGCAGCAGCUCGAAACGGUUGGGCUGCUAACGAAGGUGAUCGACUGUCUUGGCAUCAAUUCGCAGUACCUAGCGAACAUGCUACAGCACGCACUGGCCGACAGUGAGGCAACCGUGGUGCACGUAUUCUUUUACCUUUUCUUUGCACUUAAACAACAGACGGAAGCCCCAGUCAUGCCAAGCCCGCUUUCGAUAAAAAAGCGUUUCGAGGAGCUGUUGGUGCAGGCAUGUGUGCUAAAAAUGAAUAACAGUACGGUGGUGUUCGCUAGACCGUACAGUCAGCAGGACAUCAUUGAUACGGCCCGCAAGGUGCUACCUUUCGCUCAGACUAUCACCGGCGACGAGCCGAUUCCGUUUGGCCAUCCGGCAAGGGCUGCCUACUGGCUAGCGCUGAUGCCAUCGCUGGGUUGUAAAACCGAUCGAGUCCGCAUAUUCAAAUCACUACGGUACCUGCUGAAAAGCGGUACGCCAACGGUACUGGAAAAAGACGAGAACGACCGCCAUGCGCAUAGGGCAAAGGCAGUCAUGUUUGUAAAUGGCAAAGUCAAGGCAAUUGUUGAGGUGCUAUUUCCGGUCAACAACAACGUUAUUGUGCAAAUGUCGAUUUUGUUCUUCGGAAGUGCCAUCGAAAACCCGCAUUCGUUCGCAUCCAAGCCCGAUUCUGAAGAACCCAAUUUACAGUAAGCGACUUCGUCUCGUUGCUGCAUGGAGCACAAGUGGCCUUAUCCGGAUCUGGGAAUCCGGGAGACUUUAGCGCAGUUUUGAAUUGUGAUUUCACAUGACUAUAUUGUUUUAUCGUUUAUCCAAGACGUACAAUUUUAACCGCCCGACGUGUUUGCUCUAUGCACAAUAAGAUAGCAUCUGCUAGAUGAAUGCUGUAUUACUAGCCGCAUCCUUUGUUAGUUCGUGAUUUGGGGUGUUACUAUUUCAACAUCACCAAUCUACGUGAUCAGCUUGGGCAAAAUUUUAAGACAAAACAUGUACACCAAGGCGAUAUGUGAUUUUCGCGAUAUUAUUUACGUAUGUUAGACUUAUAUAGCGUAGCUACUGUCAAGUCAUUAUUCAAAACGAGCACAAAUUUGGAAAUAAAAGGUUGUUUACCAAGAAUCAGUGUUCGUGUACCUUACCGAUCCGAUGCUGCAAUCGUUCCACUGCAAGAGAAACCGAAGCGAAGGGUCUUGGCAAAUUUUCAUCC